AUAUUCAAACCAAACCAAACCGAAAUUUCACCCCAAAUUCCUUAACCAAUCAAAUCAAACAAACAAAAGAUGUAAACAUAUUCAUUAUAUAAAAACAACACAAUAACAAAAAAACUCAAAGAGAAAGAAAGAACCCAAAACAAUAAUAAUGAAAAAUCUCAUAAUCUUCCUAUUUCUCUGUUUUUCUCUUCUUCAAAAUCCAAACCCCAUUUCCUCAACCAAACUACUAACCAAAACAAAAAGCUUCACAUACGAAACAUUUGAUGAAGGAAAAGACACACCUUUCUUCAAAUUUAGUGCCUCUUCAAUUGAUCUAAACGCCCUUCAAUUAACACCAGACAAUGAAAACCAACCAAAUGGUUACAACAACAAAUCAGGUCGUAUCAUGUAUUACAAGCCAUACAAGCUUUGGUCAUCUCAAAACGACGACGUAAUAGCCUCAUUCAACACAAACUUUGUCAUGAACUUGUAUCGAAACAAGGAUUGGGAAGCCGGGGAAGGACUCACUUUUCUCAUAGCUCCAUUUGGUGAUGAGUUACCUGAACAGAGUUAUGGACAGUGGCUUGGUUUAACCAAUGCAACAACAGAUGGUAACCCAAGUAACCAAAUAGUUGCUAUUGAAUUUGAUACCAAAAGUCAAGGGUUUGACCCAGAUGGUAGCCAUAUUGGUCUUAAUGUUAACUCAGUGGUUUCUAAUAAGACUGUUCUUGUUGAUCAGUUUGAGCCAACUGUGAAUUACAGUGUUUGGAUUGAAUAUAAUGGUGGGUCUAAAUUAAUAGAAGUUUUCAUGGCUAAUGAUGGUGAUGACAAGCCAAAAAAGCCUCUUCUUAGUGAGAAAAUAAACUUGAAAAAUCAUGUCAAACAAUUUUCUUACUUGGGUUUUUCGGGUUCAACAGGGGACCCUUCAAAACAAUUCAACUGUGUCAUUAGAUGGAAGCUUGAAAUCGAUGACUUGAGUCCCAAGAAACCUUGGAAUUGGAAGACAUUGUUAAUUGGGGUUUUGGUUGGUUUAAUGUUAUUGGGUUUGGUUUUGGUGUUGUUGUGUUUAAAGAUGAGAAAGAAGAGAGGUGUUAAAGAUGAAGAGUCCAAUGUUUUGGGAACACUUAAAAGGUUGCCUGGGAUGCCUAGAGAGUUUAAGUUUAAGGAUUUGAAAAAGGGUACUAAUAAUUUUGAUGAGAGUAUGAUUUUGGGAAAAGGUGGAUUUGGUGUUGUUUAUAGAGGUGUUCUUAAUGAAGAUAAUAAUAAUGAUAAUGAAGUAGCUGUGAAGAAAUUUUCAAGGGAUAAUUUGGAUGGUAAAGAAGAUUUCUUGGCUGAACUUACUAUUAUUCAUCGUCUUCGUCAUAAACAUCUUGUUCGAUUAGAAGGUUGGUGCUACGAGAAAGGGAAGCUUUUACUAGUAUACGAUUAUAUGCCAAAUGGUAGUGUGGAAAAACACCUCAAUUCAAACCAAACCACCCUCUCAUGGCAACAUCGGCACAAGAUCCUAAAAGGCGUGGCGUCGGCGCUACAUUACCUCCACAACGAGUACGACCAAAAGGUCGUACAUCGGGACCUUAAAGCCAGCAAUAUCUUGCUAGACUCUAAUUUCAACGCUCGUUUGGGUGAUUUUGGCCUAGCUCGAGCGUUGGAGAAUGAAAAAAACUCCUACGCUGAGCUAGAGCUAUGUGGUGUCCCAGGCACCAUGGGGUAUGUGGCCCCAGAAUGCUUCCACACUGGCAAAGCUUCUCCCGAAUCUGAUGUGUUCGGGUUUGGGGCGGUAGUGUUAGAAGUCGUGACCGGGAGAAGUCCCGGUGUUAAGAUUCAGCACGAAAAGGAUCAAUUCACUUUGGUUGAUUGGGUUUGGAUGCUUCACCGCGAGGGACGUAUUGAAGAAGCCGUGGACGAGAGGCUUAGGCGCGAUGGCGGUGAGUAUGACGUUGGAGAAGCCAAUAGGCUGCUGCUAUUGGGGUUGGCGUGCUCGCAACCUGAAGCUAGCUUCAGGCCGCAAACUCAAGCCAUAUGUCAGAUUAUCGCGGAGACUAUGCCACCGCCUCAUGUCCCACCUUUUAAGCCCGUCUUUACUUGGCCUUCCAUGAGUACAGUCGCCUUCAGCUCGAAUGAGAGUAGUUUCUCCCACAUUUUAUCGAAUAGUGUUAGCAGUUCAGCUCAAAUUUGAUUUCAUCUCAAAAUUAAUUAGCAAUUUAUAUUUUUAUAGAAUAAUAUUCUUUAUAUGUAGUCAAUGUAAUGUGGGAUACUCUUAUCACAUUUGGCAUUGUAUUGUUUGGAGUACAUAUUUGUUUAAUUGUACAUAUACAUGUUUGGAUAUAAGCUAGUUUUGGUGGAUAAUUCUUGAUGUGUAACUUGUUUUUACAGUAAA